AUGUCAUUCGAAGACAUGUUGGAUUUAGCAUCGGCAUUUUCCGAAGAUUGUCCAAUCGACGUCAAAGGAAAAUGGGCAUUUUUAAUUUUCGAUUUCGACGAGGAUAAUUUAAUUAAUGGCGAAGAUAUUGUAGAAAUAGUUAACAGGCUUACAAUGAAAGGAUUGAAUGAUGAAAAUGAUGGUGAAGAUUUGGGAGAAGAUGAAAAAAAAAAAGUUGCCGAAAUAAUACUUAACGAUACGGUUUUAUGCAAUGCUGAUGGUAUUACAUGCGUUGAAUUUAUUAAUAUAUUAAAAAAAAUACCUGAAUUUUUAUAUGCGUUCAGAAUAAAAUUUUUAUGA